GAUGACUUAACUAUUACCAUAACAUUAUUAUUAUUAUAUAUUGUAUGAAGAGUGUGUGUUAUUGGCCUUGUUAUUUGUUUGAAGACGAUUUUAACAAUGGUAUAAAGUGUAAUUCAACUCUUCAGCGGAAUUCUCCAAGAAGAUCCCGUCUGAUGGAGAUAAAAAUUGCUUGAAAUUUCUGGCCGUGAUUAAACUCUUUUCAAGUGUAUCUCAUUUAAUUGCAAUCUUUAUGUGUCUGAACAUUAUUACAUCGAUUUAACUGUAGAACAAUGCAUAAAACACCGAGAGCAACGCUACGGAAAAUGUUUCGCUACUCAACGAAAUGGAUUUCGAAUAUGAAAUCAGGCAUACGUUACGCAUCGAACGCAAUGGGCAAAUCAACACCGACGAAAUUUGACGCGAAUGCAAACAUAAUGCAAGUGAAACCAAUGCGAAAAAUGUCAAUCCAACAGGAGACAAUGUUAACAUUGGCUCCAAAGAGGGCACUAUCAUCCGCACAAGCCAUAACUCCAUCGAAUCCGGAUAAUUUGCCACAUUUACCACUGCCAAAACUUGAAGACACCAUGGACAAGUACCUGAAAUCGGUUCAACCACUUUUGUCGUCCGAGAAAUUCAUGAAAACGACGAAAAUUGUUGAGGAUUUCAAACGUGGAAUCGGAGCACAACUUCAUGAUUUACUUGAGUACAAAGCAUCGAAAUCCGAAAAUUGGCUUGCCGAAUGGUGGCUUACCGUGGGCUAUCUUUCGUGGCGUUCACCAGUUGUAAUUUGGUCAAAUCCAGGAUUGUAUUUACCGACCCGCUUUUUUGAGAAUGAUUUUCAAUGGUGUCGCUUCACAGCCAGAUGCAUUUGGGCCACACUCAAAUACAAACAAAUGAUCGAUUACAAUGAAAUUCCGACCGAAAAAGCCGGAAAAUAUCCACUUGAUAUGAGUCAGUACAAAAAAAUCUUUGGCACUUGCCGCAUUCCCGCACCAGAAAUGGAUCGCAUUGAAUACAAUCCAAAGUCGAGGCAUAUUGUUGUUGCGUUUAAAAAUGGUUUCUAUAAAGUGCCUGUAUAUGAAGAUUCAUCUGAUAAAUUCUUGUCGGAAAAUCAGUUGACCGAACAAUUGUUGCAGAUUUUAAAAGACAGUGGCCACAAUGAACAAAUUGGCAUUAUUACAACUGAACAUCGUGACACACUUGCUGCUGCUUAUGAGAAUUUAAUACAAGACGCAGUCAAUAAAGCAUCGGUAGAUGCCAUUACAAAAUCAUUGUUUGUUGUGUGUUUGGAUCAGCCAAUUUCGGUGUCAGAUCCAAAUGAUGAUUUCAAUAUGGCUGGAUCGCAACUGAUUCAUGGUGGUGGUUCAAAACAAAAUUCUGGUAAUCGUUGGUUCAAUAAAACAUUACAGCUUAUCGUGAACCGUAAUGGAAUCAACGGCAUCAAUUACGAACAUUCCCCGGCUGAAGGCCAACCGAUUGCUGUGUUAACAGACUUUGUUCUCAAGCACUUGAAAGCGGAACCGAGUGAAAAUGAAAUUAUAAAUGCACACAGUUAUCCGCAUCCAACCAAAUUACCAUUUAAUGUAUCGGAAAAAACACAGAAAGACAUAAAAAUUGCUGCUGAAAAUAUUGAUAAAGCUUCAGCAAAUCUCGAAUUAAAUGUUGUACAUUUCAAAACGUAUGGUAAAAACUUCAUUAAAUCACAGCGAAUGAGUCCGGAUAGUUUUAUUCAAAUGGCAAUGCAAUAUGCUUUUUACAAAUUACACGGUGAACCGGGUGCCCAUUAUGAAACAGCUCAGGUGCGAAUGUUCAUCCAUGGUCGAACUGAAACUAUUCGUUCGUGUUCAGUUGAAUCAGUGGCCUUUGCCGAAGCAAUGUGUGAUCAACACGUAAGCGAUCCGGAAAAGGUUCAACUGCUUCGGGCCGCUGUACAAGCGCAUAAAAAUUACACUGUGAUGGCAUCGUCUGGAGAGGGAAUUGAUCGACAUUUGCUUGGACUAAAAUUAAUUGCACGCGAAAAGAAUUUUCCCAUUCCCGAAUUGUAUAGUGACGAAGCGUAUGUGAAGAGCACCAGUUUUCGUAUUUCAACUAGUCAGGUCGCAUCGAAUGCCAAGUCAUUCAUGUGCUAUGGUCCAGCCGUUGAUGAUGGCUAUGGCAUUUGCUAUAAUCCACGCAACGAUGACAUGAUUUUAGCUGUGUCAGCCUUCAAUUCAAAUUCAUCAACCAGUGCCAAGGCAAUGGGUCAACAUUUGAGCGAUGCCUUUGAACAUAUGCACCGCUUACUAUCUAAGGCUGGUGAACGUAGAUUAAGCAAAUUGUGAUAUCAUUACAAAAGAUUUUCUCGAACGAUUAUUAUUAUAAACAAUCCAUGGAAACAGUGUUUUUACUGCAACGUUUUGUCAUUGCUAUUUUUUUAAAAAAACAUAUCGAAUAAUUAUUUAUAGGAAAAGUAUUUUACCAUGAAAGAUGGAGAUUUUUGGUUGCUUUGUCUUUGCAAUCCUCAAGCACAACAGACACACAUUAAAUAUAUAUAUUUGUAGACAAAAAAUAGAAAUUGAUAAAAACAUUUAAUAAAGAGAUAAGUGACUUUUAAA